GCGCGCGUGUGUGUGUUUACGUGUGCGGAGAGAGCUGUCAGUGAAAAUCGUGUACAGUGAACGGCAACAUGCUCAACUAAACCUAUCAACAUUUACUUAAUUCCUCUAAACUCCGGGGGAAAAAUUCGGGAUAAAACAUUCGGGGCUAGACGCCCCUGGCUGUGAGGACUUUACUCUGAUGUUUCAUCGACUAUAUAAAGGACUUCACCAAAUUGUUAUCAUGAAUUUUUUUUUAAUUUCUAUCCGGUUAAAGUCUACACUGUAAGAUGGAGGACAGCAGCAUUAUAAUAAAAGUUCUUCAUUUUUGCACAGUUUGUCUUUUUCUGCCAUCAGCAGUUGCUUCCAUCUGCUUACUGAUUUUGUGUGUGUGUGCAUUGGGUGGCCUUAUUCAUUCAGUAGUCACACACACUCUGCUGUACCUCUACACUGCUGUCAGAUCAGGAAUAAAUUUCUCAGAGUUCUCUGCUGUGGGUCUGAUGGAUGGAGAGCAGUGUGUGUACUAUGACAGUAACAUCACAAAGAUGAUCCCAAAGACGGAGUGGAUGCAGAAGAUCAGCACUGAUGAUCCAGAUUACUGGAACAGAGAGACACAGCGUAUGAGGCAUCGUCAGGACCAAUUCCAAGACACAGUGGCUGCAGUAAGGAAGAGCUUGAAUAUAAAUGGAGGAGUCCACACACUCCAGAGGAUGUACGGCUGUGAGCUCUAUGAUGACGGCACCACUAGAGGAUAUGAUCAGUACGCUUAUGAUGGAGAAGAUUUCAUCAGUCUGAAUCUGACAACUGGAACCUGGACUGCAGCUAAACCACAAGCUGUGAUGUUUAUAAAGGUGUGGGAUCCUAAAGGAGCAAAGGCUCAAUACUGGCAGAGCUACCUGAAGAGUGAUUGUAUUGAUCAGUUACGAAAGUUUGUGUCUUACAGCAGAGAGACUCUGGAGAGGAAAGUUCCUCCUACAGCAUCAGUGUUCCAGAAACACUCGCCUUCUCCAGAGGUGGUGUGUCACGCUACAGGUUUCUUCCCCAAAGCAGUGAAUAUCACCUGGAGGAAGGACGGAGAGGACGUGAACGAGGACGUGGAGCUCAGAGAGACGUUACCCAACCAGGAUGGAAGCUUCCAGAAGAGAAGCAUUCUGAAAGUCCCAGCUGAGGAUCUGCAGAAACACACCUACACCUGCGUGAUUCAGCACAGCAGCUUGAAGGAGGAGUUAGUGCUGUAUGUGAACGAGCAGCAAAUCACAAAAGAUGGAGGAUCAGGUGGAUGGAAGACUGGCGUUGUUGUUCCUGUAGUCGUAGUUGCUGUUCUUGUUGCUGUUGUUGCUGGAGUAUUCAUCUGGAUAAAGAAAAAGGGGUCUGGUGUGCAAAGUCCCCAAGUUCAGACAGGAGCUGAGUUACAUCCCUUAAAUACUCCACACAGUGACGUUCCAGUCUAAACCAGUAAGUGAGCCUCCACACUGAAGAGUGAUUUCCUGCCCAGCUUUUCCUCUACUGAAGCUUCCAUCCAGGGUGUGAAGAGUGAAUACAGACGUCUUUCAUGUGGGUUUAGCUCAGACUCCAGGGUACUGCACAUUUUCAGUCUUUAUCAGAACGUAUGGAGUUUAUUUUGUUGGUGUUUUUCUGCUAAGCUCCAGCUAACAUUUCCUCCAAGUGUUUGUGUGUUCGGUCUGUAAACAAGGAUUCACUCUGCUGCUGCAGUAAAGCUUUUGUGCCUCCUGCUGGAGGAAGGUGGAAUUGCACUGAGGGUUUGAGGUUUAAAAUUUAUAAAAUUUAGACUUUUACUUUGAAAA